CGCCUUGCCUGCUUCUGGCCCCAGAGUUUCCGUCUAUAGCCUCCCAUCGUCAGUGCUGCUGCUUCGUAAGUGACAGCACGGCCGGGAAGAAGAAGGGUGAAAGCCAAAGAGCCAUUUCACUCACUCCAUGUCCCCCUUGGGCUUCAUAUCGCUUCUGCAGGGAACACGUUGAGCCUGCAGUAAAUAAGUCGGGUCGAAAACUGCAUCGUCAUCGUAACCUGCUAAACGGCGUGACAUCCUCCCACCUGCUGGCAUCUCCGAGGCUGAAAGCAUGCAAAGCUCACUCGAGCCAGUGCAAACGCUAAGAUGUCUUGAUCCUCUUGAAGCCGGCGCCAUUGGCGUGCCCGGCCUGCACUCCAUGGCGAGACCAAGGCUGAACAAAUCACUAUCCAAACGUAAGAGCUCGGACUUCCUGCUCGAGGCGCCACAUCGGUAUCAUCUCAAGGGCGCGCGGAAGCCCACCGUCUCUCCGCGAGAGUAUCCUCUUCCGGAGAGCCUCGUGCAGUUCACGAUAUUGGACCACAGCAACAAGACGGCGUUUGAGUUUUCGCUUGACGCACAAUGGGCUUGCAGGGGAACUAAACGCUGCCGUCUUGGAUCCGACGUCGAAGGCCCCAACACGGCCAAUGUCGGCCGCAAGAAGCGCCGCCUUCGAUCUCGCCUCAUCACUAGCCGGCUCUCUCAGCCCUUCUCCCAGCCUGCCACGCACAUCUUGAACAGAGAGGGCAGGCAGGUUGGUGACCGGCGUUUUGUAAAGAUGGCCGUGACACUUGAUGCCAGCAGACGGGCUGCACAUCUGCGGGCAACGGCGUACCUGAGAUACUCCAUCAUGAACCGCAUGCGCAAGAGGCUCGGUGGUGUGAGAUACCAGGGCUCGACAAAGGAGAAUGAAGACCACACAGUGCGGCAGAGCAUUGAUACAUUCACCAGGGCGCCAUGGCAAUCACAAGACGUGAAAUCAGCCCCCGAGGCUGGUCCCAGUGUCCUUGAGCCAAGCAAAGGAGCAGCUCCAGCAUCACGGGACUCCAGAGACGAGGCUACCAAUCAGCCUGUGGAAACACUAGGCAAAGCCCCAGCCUGUCGCUUGUCAAAGCCCAUUGCUCUGCCGCUUCCCUCUGCAGACGUCGAUGCCACCAAUGACCGCACCUCAGCCCGCAUCGACUCGACGACAUCUCCGGAGCCGAGGCCGCCUCUUGCGUGGAUGUACGACGACGUUGAGGAAGACAGCUUUGCCUUUCUUCACGCAGACGAGGAGCACUUGGACGACGAUGACGCCGACGUCUACUGCGAUUUCGAUGCCAUCUUUGCGGCCAAGGCCACGUCGCCUAACCCCCCGUCGCCCUCGGAGGAGCACACAUAUGAAGAGUACAUCGACGAACUGGACGGCAUUUCUUGGAGGAUAGGGUGACACUUUUUCACAUCUCAUUUCUUAUUCACUUGUUUAGAGAGACGGCUGGACACUCAGAACAACAUAUGGAAGUCCGGAAAUCACUUGUAGGGCUGGAAAAUUACUGUAUAUUUAUUGGCAUGGCUGGCGCGCAUUAGCCAAGGCUGGGCUGGGGGGAGGCGUUUUGUUGGAUGAAUGUUAAGGCUAUGGGCGAUGGCGGCCGGGGGUUGUGUGUCUUGUCCCCCGAUUGUGUAAGCUAAGGAAGUUGAUUAUAUCAGAAUCCCACCAAAUGAAUAUAAUGAAAUCGUCGG